CACCUGCCAGUGUUCGUUACGUCCAUAAUGAUGUUGUGGUACCUGACUUCUCUGCCUAUCGUCGUCAGGAUGUGCUGGAUCCCACCGCAUCUUCUCAAACCAGCAGCGAAGCUAGAAAAGGGUUUUCCUACCUGCUGACUGCAACAACCUGUGUAGCAACUGCGUAUGCUGCUAAGAAUGCUGUCACCCAGUUUGUUUCCAGCCUGAGUGCCUCUGCUGAUGUGCUAGCAUUGUCAAAAAUCGAGAUCAAGCUAUCUGACAUUCCAGAAGGCAAGAACAUGGCUUUCAAGUGGAGAGGGAAGCCCCUUUUUGUGCGUCACAGAACCCAGGCAGAGAUUAAUCAGGAAGCUGAAGUCGAUUUGUCUCAACUGCGGGAUCCGCAGCAUGACUUAGACAGAGUAAAGAAACCAGAAUGGGUCAUAUUAGUAGGUGUCUGCACUCACCUUGGUUGUGUGCCCAUUGCUAACUCUGGAGAUUUUGGCGGUUAUUACUGCCCUUGCCAUGGCUCCCAUUACGAUGCCUCUGGCAGAAUCAGGAAAGGUCCUGCUCCCCUUAACCUUGAGGUUCCGACUUACCAGUUUGUUGGUGAUGAUCUAGUGAUUGUUGGCUGAGUAAUGAGGUGCUUGCUCACUCAUGUGUUCCUGUGAAUGUACACUCAAAAUGGUUAAUGGAGAUUCUGGAGCACUGUAAAACUGUACUAGCUGUCUAGGCUGUCAACCAGAAGUAUGUUCAAAUGCUUCACUGUGUUCAGUUUUAAU